CAGGCCUUCUGGUUGCUUGAGCCACGCGUCGUAGCGAAAUCGACCCAACUUCGUUCGUCGUUAUCCUUGUGCUAUCGUCUUCCGUUGGGAGAAAAUCCUCUUCCGACAAAAUUCUCGCGCACUCAAGCAUCACGAAUACUGUAUUGGGCAGACGACAGCCUAUUUCGGCAACUUUCGGAGGAAGGAUCAUAAGUCGCUGCCGCGCACCCUACCGAGCUCAUCAUGCAGGCCGAAGGGUUAGAGUCAACCCUUGCACCCGGCGGUAGUUGGCCGUUGGAGAGGCUGCCUGAGGAGCUGCUGCGCGAAGUCCUGGACCACCUGCAUUCAGAUUCAGACAAGACGACCCUCAAGGCUUGUUCCCAGGCCUGCCACCGCUGGUGCACAUACGUAACGCCAUCUCUAUUCCGUCGCCUCUCGUGGCCCCCGUGCUACUUCGCAUGGGAGGACGCCUUCCUGCAAGUCCCCUGGACAGAAGAGUGCAGCUGCCGAGAAAAGGCAGCCUUUGGCACGCUUGCCACGCUCCUCUCGUCCUCCCCGCGGGUGCGCCAGGCAGUCCGGGAGCUGCGCUUCCGUGCGAGAUGCAAAGUCGAUCUAACCCUGACUAUGAAGACCUUGCAUGCGAUUGUCGAGCAUUUGCCGAGAUUGGACAUCCUCGAGCUCAGCGAUCUCUGGGUCGCCACCAUCCCCGCGGUGGCCGCGUGGCGCCCCGCAAGGGGAAAGUCCUUAGGAGAAGUCAGGCUCGCUGGGGACUCGCGCUCCACCGAUGUCGCCCCGCAGGUCCUGAAGCUCUUCGACUGCGUAGGGAAGCUCGUGAUGGCCAGUUUCGACGCUGCGGCCGGCUGCACGUCCUUCCGUGAUGACGGCCAGUCUGCAGCCGUGCGUGUCCCCGCUCUCGUGGUCGAUUUCGAGGAGGACGGGUAUGCGGGCUGGCUUGAUGCUCCUGGAGGCGGCAUGAGAGAGUUCUGCUCCUACCUCGACGCACCGUCUCUCCGUGACCUCGUCCUCUGCCAUCCGUUCGCGCCACACAUGGAGCCCCUCACGAUUUCCUGGCCAGCUCUGUCAUCAUUAUCGUACGUGCUGGGCAAGCACACUCCGACGUUAUCGCAAGAGGCCUCCCAUUCGCUCGAGUCCUUGACCCUGGGGAUACGGUUACCUAGUAAAGCGCGCAAUGUACAAGAAUGGGUCAAGCUCAGCUGGGACUGGAUGUUGCGUGACUUGGAGGCUUUGCCAGCUGCGAAUAUCAACGAGCUUGGCAUCGUCUUCCUUACUGCAUACUUCUUGGAAGUACAAUUCGCCGACGGUUUUGACAUGUCUCUUCAAAGUAGGGACUGGGGGGCCCUGGAGCGCGUCAUUCUGCGAAGGUUCCCUCAGAUACGAGCGAUCUACGUGCAGGUCGGAUCGCACACGAGAGGUCGGAAGGGGCAGAUAGCUGAGCGUUGCGACGAGGUUGUCAAGAGGGUCACUAGGACCAGGUUCACGUCUAGACUCUCACAAUUCUUGGAUGGCGGAGGUGGCGCCCAGAACUUCGCUUCCGUGCACCAUCAGUAUGAUACUGAGUAUUUAACUUAGUAUCAGGACAGUGGUGACUGUUUAUCUCUCGCGUGGCAGUCUUUGCAUACGACGGUGUGGAUGCGGAUGCCCCAUUUGUUGAAGCGGACGUCGAAUAGGCACGAUAACAUCCGAGGAGUGUGC